GAAGCCCUGCCUGAAAAAAUGCAGCCUAGGCUGUCACUCUUUAUUCAGCCCAGUGUCUAAUCACAUCUUCUGUCACUCAGGGCCUGAGAGGGUGGGGUUUUAAACGUUAUCCAAUCAGCGACGCUGGACUGUCAACCGUCCAAUCAGGCACACAGCUGGAGCGGACAGGACGGCUUCCGGGAUAUGGCGGGCCCUUUGUCUCUCUGGGCAGCCAGAGCUCCAGCUUUGGUUUUCACUUCUCUGUGUGUCCUGCUCCUGGAGGCCCAGCCUCUGUAGCCCCGUGACCUGCAGGCAUUGAGAGAUCCACAACUAAGAUGCCAGGACGCCCUGGAAGCCUAGAAAUGGGGCCGUUGACAUUUAGGGAUGUGGCCAUAGAAUUCUCUCUGGAGGAGUGGCAAUGCCUGAACACUGAUCAGCAAGAUUUGUAUAGAAAAGUGAUGUUAGAGAACUACAGAAACCUGGUCUUCUUGGGUAUUGCUGUCUCUAAGGCAGAUCUGAUCACCUGUCUGCAGGAAGAAAAAGAUCCCUGGAAUAUGAAGAGACACAGUAUGGUAGCCAAGCCCCCAGUUAUAUAUUCUCAUUUUGCCCAAGACCUUUGGCCAGAGCAGGGCAUAAAAGAUUCUUUCCAAGAAGUCAUAUUGAGAAGAUAUAGAAAAUGUGGACAUGAAGAUUUACAGUUAAGAACAGGAUGUAAAAGUGUGGAUGAGUGUAAUCUGCACAAAGAAGGUUAUAAUGAACUAAACCAGUGUUUGACAACUACCCAGAGUGAAAUAUUUCAAUGUGAUCAAUAUAUGAACGUCUUUUAUAAAUUUUCAAAUUCAAAUAUACAUGAGAUAAGAUAUACUGGAAAGAAACCUUUCAAAUGUAAAAAAUGUGACAAAUCGUUUUGCAGGCUUUUACACCUAACUCAACAUAUAAGCACUCAUACCAGGGAGAAUUCUUACCAAUGUGAAGAAUGUGGUAAAGUCUUUAACUGGUUCUCAACCUUUACUAGACACAGGAGAAUCCAUACUGGAGAGAAGCCCUACAAUUGUGAAGAAUGUGGCAAAGCCUUUAGUGUAUUAUCAAACCUUACUAGACAUAAGAGAAUUCAUGGUGGAGAAAAACCCUACAAAUGUGAAGAAUGUGGCAAAGAUUUUAAAGAGUACUCGCACCUUACUACACAUAAGAGUAUUCAUACUGGAGAAAAACCCUACAAAUGUGGAGAAUGUGGCAAAGCCUUUAGGGUACUCUCAAUACUUACUAAUCAUAAGGUAAUUCAUACUGGAGAGAAACCCUACAAAUGUGAAGAAUGUGGCAAAGCUUUUUACCUAUCCUCACACCUUACAUCACAUAAGAUAUUUCAUACUCGAGAGAAAUCCUACAAAUGUGAAGAAUGUGGCAAAGCUUUUUACAGAUCCUCACACCUUACUACACAUAAAAGAAUUCAUACUGGAGAGAAACCCUACAAAUGUGAAGAAUGUGGCAAAGCCUUUAGGGUACUCUCAAUCCUAACUAAUCAUAAGGUAAUUCAUACGGGAGAGAAACCCUACAAAUGUGAAGAAUGUGGCAAAGCCUUUAACCGGUUCCCAAAACUUACUGCACACAAGGUAAUUCAUACUGGAGAGAAACCCUACAAAUGUGAAGAAUGUGGCAAAGCCUUUAGGGUACUCUCAAUCCUUACUAGACAUAAGAGAAUUCAUGGUGAGAGAAAACCCUACAAAUGUGAAGAAUGUGGCAAAGAUUUUAAACAGUACUCACACCUUACUACACAUAAGAGUAUUCAUACUGGAGAGAAACCCUACAAAUGUGAAGAAUGUGGCAAAGCCUUUAGGGUACUCUCAAUACUUACUAGACAUAAAAUAAUUCACAGCGGAGAAAAACCUUACAAAUGUGAAGAAUGUGGCAAAGCUUUUAACAGGUACUCACACCUUACUAUACAUAAGAGAAUUCACACUGGAGAGAAAUCCUAUAAAUGUGAGGAAUGUGGCAAAGCUUUUAACCAGUGCCCCAAAUUUACUGCACAUAAGAUAAUUUAUACUGGAGAGAAGCCCUACACAUGUAAAAAAAAAUGUGGCAAAGCUUUUAACCAAUCUUCAACCCUUACUACACACAAAAUGAUUCACAGAGGAGAAAAACCUGACAUAUGUGAAGAAUGUGACAAUACCUUUAACCAGUUCUCAAUUCUUACUAAACAUAAAAAAAUUCACACUGGAGAGAAAUCCUAUGAAUGUGAAAAAUAUGGCAAAGCCUGUAACUAGUCCUCAGUUCUUAAAAGACAUGGAGAGAAACUCUACAAAGCAGGAAGAUGUGACAAUGCUUUUGAAAACACCUAAAUCUUUUGUAACCAUUAAAAGAAAUCAUAUUGAUGAGAUUUCAUAUUGGUUAUAACAACAAUACAUUUUACCCUAAAGAAUGUUAUAUAAAUUAAUACAUAAUGAGAUAUUACUCAUUUAUGAACUGGCAUUAUUAAUAGUUAAAUAUUUGUAUUACACAAAAUAAUCUACAAAUAUAAUGCAACCUCUGGCAUUACUA